ACGCCUUGCAUCCGCGGGAUCUUUUUAUAAACAUUUCCAAGUCCUCUCUCCUCCGCCACCGUAAACUGAAACUCGAGAAGCCAUAGCCAUGGCGAUUAGGCAGCUCUUAACUCUAGCUCGUAGAUCCCACAAACCCUCAUCUUUAUCUCCCCGCGCUCUUCUGCAAUCCAGUCGAUCUGCAUCGACUUCUCCCGCCGUCGCAACUGCACCAUCUCCUCCAGCUCCUAAUGUCAUGGUCUACGAUCGACUCGCAGAAGCAGUGAAACAGAGGCUCAAGCGACUCGACAAUCCCGAUCCUCGUUUCCUCCAGCACGCCUCGCCCCAUCCAGUCCUUGUUGAUCACACGAAGAUCCUGGCGGCUCCUGAGACUCGCGUUACAACUCUCCCUAAUGGCCUCCGAGUCGCUACCGAGUCGAACCUGGCAUGUCGGACUGCAACUGUUGGCGUGUGGAUCGAUGCCGGGAGUAGGUUCGAAACCGAUGAGACGAACGGCACUGCGCAUUUCCUUGAGCACAUGAUAUUCAAGGGCACGGAAAAGAGGUCAGUUAGGGUUUUGGAAGAGGAGAUUGAGAACAUGGGAGGGCAUUUGAAUGCGUAUACCUCCAGGGAGCAGACGACGUAUUACGCUAAGGUAAUGGACAAGGAUGUUCCCAAGGCACUCGAUAUCCUUGCUGAUAUAUUGCAAAAUUCUAGCUUUAGCGAGGACCGGAUCAAUCGUGAGCGGGAUGUUAUUUUGCGUGAGAUGGAAGAGGUGGAAGGGCAGGCUGAGGAAGUUAUUUUUGAUCAUUUGCAUGCAACUGCCUUCCAGUACACUCCAUUGGGUAGGACUAUCUUGGGACCUGCCCAGAAUAUUAAGACAAUCACCAAAGCUCAUCUACAGAAUUACAUCUCAACACAUUACACAGCUCCUAGAAUGGUAAUUUCUGCUGCUGGAGCUGUUAAACAUGAGGAUAUUGUUGAGAAAGUAAAGACACUCUUCACAAAGCUCUCAACUGACCCUACUACUGCUUCUCAGUUGGUUGCAAAAGAACCAUCAGCCUUUACAGGCUCUGAGAUUCGGAUAAUUGAUGAUGAUGUUCCUCUUGCACAAUUUGCUGUGGCGUUCAGUGGAGCUUCUUGGACAGAUCCAGAUUCAAUUGCUUUGAUGGUCAUGCAGUCCAUGCUGGGUUCAUGGAAUAAGAAUGUGGGAGGAGGAAAGCACAUGGGAUCAGAGCUUGCACAGAGGGUUGCCAUUAAUGAAAUAGCUGAGAGCAUGAUGGCUUUCAACACUAACUACAAGGACACAGGCCUGUUUGGUGUUUAUGCUAUUGCCAAGCCUGAUUGUUUGGAUGAUCUAGCCUAUGCAAUUAUGUAUGAGAUAAGCAAGCUGUCUUACCGAGUCUCAGAAGCUGAUGUUACUCGUGCUCGAAAUCAGUUGAAAUCUUCUUUGCUCCUUCACAUUGAUGGAACCAGUCCAGUUGCUGAAGAUAUUGGACGUCAGCUACUUACAUAUGGGAGAAGAAUCCCAUUUGCUGAACUGUUUGCAAGGAUUGAUGCAGUGGAUUCAAGCACCGUAAAACGUGUUGCAAACCGGUUUAUAUUUGACAAAGAUGUUGCGAUCGCAGCAAUGGGUCCGAUCCAAGGUCUACCUGACUACAACUGGUUCAGGCGCAGGACCUAUUGGAACCGUUACUAGGUUAUUCUUUUUUUUUUUCUUGCGUCAUUAUUUAUCUUCCAUUUUCAAGAUGUCUCAUAAAACCAGGCUCCCAUCGCUUUAUACAUAUACACUCCCUUGGCCUUCGGUGGCUGGUAUUUUGGGAUCUUGUUUUUUGUAACAUCCCCCCAUUUUGGUGAAAGGAAUAAUUGUUAAAAAUGUUUCAAUAACGUAACUGUGCUUUGUUAGGCACUGUAACUCUCUUUAUCUACCUUGCUUAUGCCUCUAA